AACCACCCCGCACCGCGAGGGUACCGAUCAUCCAUGGCUCAAAAGGCGUAGGCAAAGCCGUGGCUCCCGCUGCAGUACGCCGCACGCCGCACGCCGCAAAAUCCCGCGAAAAGCGCAAGCCUCCAAAACCGCACCGCACCGCCCCCCGGCCCACCGCGAGCGCGCAUCCCCACACGGCGUCACGGCCCGUCGUCUCGGCGAUUUUGCUCCCAACCGCUCUUUUUUCUACUCCUCUCUGUGCGCCUUCUGUGGUUCCAGGCCCCGCCCGCCCCAAGCGCACUCGGCUCGCCGCGGGAGCGAAACCCUCGGAUCAGGUGGUUCGGGCUUCGCUGCUUGCGCCGAUGACGUCCUGCGGGUGCCUGGUGCUCGAGAAGCCGGAGGACCACGGCGGCGGGGCGGUGGCGAGGGGGACGGUAAAGGUCGCGCCGGGCUCCGGGUGUGGGUCGUGCGCGGGGGAGUGGAGGAGCCGGUCGGAGGCCAUUUUCCCCAUCUAUGUGAUGGGGAACUCGCGGGCGAGCUCCGUGGCGGCGGCGCGGGGCAUAGUCGACUCCGCCGGGGACCCCAUAUGGGAGGCCGUCCAGUCGGAGGCCAAGUCUGAGGCAGAAAAGGAGCCUAUUUUGAGUAGCUUCCUGUACGCCAGUGUGUUGUCUCAUGACUGUCUGGAGCGAGCAUUGAGCUUUACCCUUGCAAACAGGCUUGAAGAUCCAACACUGCUUGCUACCCAGCUAAUUGACAUUUUUAAUGAUGUUAUGAUGAAUAACAAAGAUAUAUGCCGUUCCAUUCGCCUUGAUGCUCAGGCCUUCAAAGACAGAGAUCCAGCCUGUGCACAAUAUAGCUGGGCAUUGUUAUACCUAAAGGGUUAUCAAUCCUUGCAAUCCUAUAGGAUAGCUCAUGUUUUAUGGAAUCAGGGACGUAGAGUUUUGGCAUUGGCACUGCAAAGUCGUAUUAGUGAGGUCUUUGCAGUGGAUAUACACCCAGCUGCCAAGAUUGGCGAGGGAAUAUUGUUGGAUCAUGGAACAGGCCUAGUCAUUGGCGAAACUGCUGUGGUUGGAAAUUGGGUUUCAUUAAUGCAGGGUGUUACACUUGGAGGUACUGGCAAGGAACAUGGAGAUAGGCACCCUAAGAUCGGUCAGGGAGCUCUUAUUGGAGCUGGUGCUACUAUCCUCGGCAAUAUAAAUGUAGGUGAAGGUGCCAUGAUUGCCGCUGGCUCCCUUGUUUUAAAGGAUGUACCUCCCCACAGUAUGGCUGUAGGUAAUCCUGCAAAGGUAGUUGGGUAUACAGAGAAAGAAGAUCCUUCUUUAACUAUGAAACAUGAUGCAAGAAGAGAUUAUUUUGAGCAUGUUGCCAUCAGAUAUUCAGAUGAUACAGCUAACGGAAGUGUUGUGAAGUAAAAAGUUCGACAAACUUGAUGAAACAAACAAGUGCCAUUCUGGACAUUUCUUCACGGGCACAAGGAUGGAUAUAUUUGAUGAGCUCAAGUGCCUCUCCUUUUGCUUAGGCAAGCUAGUGAAGAUGGAAAGCCAGCUAUACUUUUGUCUCCGUAGUCUGCUGUAAUAACGUCAGCAUUGUUGACAAACUUGGUAGAGUGGUUUAUUUAUACUGCAGAGAUCUCCAAGAGCAAGCAUGUACUGCAGCCUAAACCUAUGGUGAGCUACUUUCAUGAACCAGAGUUAUAUGUAGUGGUAUAGUAGAAACAGGUAGGAUUAUUUAUGUAAGUCCAUCAGAGACGCCUGCUUCAGUGCUCGCCCUUCAAAGAAAGUUUACGAAUCUCGAAAGGAAAGCAGUUAGCGAUGAACAAGUGUUCUUUAGACUGCUUCAGUUAGUGUUGAACGUUGGAGUUUUCAACAAUUCUUGUGGGAAUUGAAGUGUC